AUGGCGUCAAAUUACCGCGUCGUUGAGCCUCACCCUUCGGUGCCUCACACCAGUCGUCCUGCAGUUUUCACUGGUCGUGGAGGAUCCGGAAAUGUGGUCAGCCUCAAGAACACCAAGACUACUGAAUCGCGCUCCGCAACUGGUCCAGCAUCUUUGACUCGCCUCGACUCUCGCAUUCCCACGACCUUCACCUCUGGCCGUGGUGGCGCCGGCAACGUCCACAGCAGUUCUGAGCGCGCCAUCUUCAGCUUCGACGAGGAACUUGAGCGAGACCUUCGCCGUGCCGCCCCUGUCUACCACGUCGGCCGUGGUGGUGCCGGAAACAUGAUGGCUCGCGGCGACGACUCCAGCAGCAACUACAGCCUCAGCCGCAAAUACUCCAGUUCCAGCACUGCUACCAACAGCAGCACCGGAUCCGUGGCUGACCGCGCUCGCGACAUGGCCCGCCGGGGUCUGGAGAAGAGCUGGGGCAAGCUCAAGGGAACUGCAUAG